AUGGCGGGAAGGAGCCCCACGGCAAUGCCUAAGAAAGCAUCCCGAUCCACAACCUCGCUUCCCCCGGAGCCCAUGGAGAUCAUCAGGAGGAAGGCUUGCUCCAGGAGGGUGAGGAUCAAUGUUGGGGGACUUAACCACGAAGUCUUGUGGAGGACAUUGGAAAGACUACCCCGGACUCGUCUGGGGAAGCUGAGGGACUGCAACACCCACGAGUCCCUCCUGGAGACCUGCGACGAUUACAACCUCGACGAAAACGAGUACUUUUUUGACCGGCACCCGGGGGCUUUCACGUCGAUUCUGAAUUUCUACCGCACGGGGAAGCUGCACAUGAUGGAGGAGAUGUGCGCCCUGUCCUUCGGCCAGGAGCUCGACUACUGGGGGAUUGACGAGAUCUACUUGGAGUCCUGCUGCCAAGCCAGGUACCACCAGAAAAAGGAGCAAAUGAACGAGGAGCUGAGGCGUGAGGCUGAGACCAUGAGGGAGAGGGAAGGCGAGGAGUUUGACAACUCUUGCUGCCCGGAUAAGAGGAAGAAGUUGUGGGAUUUGCUGGAAAAACCCGGCUCCUCGGUGGCCGCUAAGAUUCUGGCUAUCAUAUCCAUUUUAUUCAUCGUGUUGUCAACCAUUGCCUUGUCUCUCAACACCCUUCCUGAACUUCAGGACAAAGAUCAGUUCGGACACCCCAAUGACAAUCCACAACUCGCCCAUGUUGAAGCAGUGUGCAUUGCAUGGUUCACAAUGGAGUACCUUUUGCGCUUUUUAUCAUCACCAAAUAAGUGGAAGUUUUUCAAAGGUCCAUUAAAUGUCAUUGAUCUUUUGGCUAUCUUGCCGUAUUAUAUCACAAUUUUUCUCACUGAAUCAAACAAGAGUGUGCUCCAAUUCCAGAAUGUUAGACGAGUUGUUCAAAUAUUCCGGAUCAUGCGGAUACUACGAAUUCUUAAACUGGCCCGACAUUCAACAGGACUGCAGUCACUAGGUUUUACUCUCAGGAGGAGUUAUAAUGAAUUAGGUUUGCUAAUAUUGUUUUUGGCUAUGGGUAUCAUGAUAUUUUCAAGCUUGGUAUUUUUUGCUGAGAAGGAUGAAGAUGCUACCAAGUUUACAAGCAUUCCUGCAUCUUUUUGGUGGGCCACUAUCACCAUGACAACUGUUGGAUAUGGGGAUAUAUAUCCUAAAACGCUGUUAGGGAAAAUAGUUGGGGGUCUUUGUUGCAUUGCUGGAGUACUGGUGAUAGCUUUGCCAAUACCAAUCAUUGUAAACAACUUCUCAGAGUUCUACAAAGAACAGAAAAGGCAAGAGAAAGCAAUUAAGAGACGAGAGGCCCUUGAAAGAGCCAAAAGGAAUGGAAGUAUUGUCUCAAUGAACUUGAAAGAUGCAUUUGCUCGCAGUAUGGAACUUAUGGAUAUUGUGGUGGAGAAAGGGAAGGAUAAUGCGAUUAAACAAGAAAAACCUAUAGAUAAUCACCUCUCACCAAGCAACUGGAGGUGGAGAAUGUCUGAAACAAGCUCUAAUAAAUCCUUUGAGUCUAAAUAUCAGGAGCUAAGCAGGCAUAACUCAAGUGAGCAGAUAAACAAUCGCAUCCCUAGCCCACAGCAUCUGAAUGCACAAAAGCUGGAGGAAAUAUAUAAUCAAAUGACAAAGACACCAUCUCAGCCAAAUGUUAACAGCAGCAAGAUAGAGCAGUCUGUUAAAUCAGCUGUACAUGAAGAAGAACUAGAAAUGGAAGAAGUCCCAUACUUAAGCGACCCGUUGCUCACUGCUCCCGUAGAGCCAAUAUUAGACAUGCGGAGUAUCUCGAGCAUUGACAGCUUUGCAAGUUGUGCCGCUGACUUUACUGAAGCUGAUAGGUUCCCACACCCUUCGAAAAUAACUGAGCCAGUGCACUUGAGAUGGAUGGCUCGCCCUGGUUCCCUUAAUGAGCAUCAGUCUUUCAUUACCAGGGAAAACACCAAGUUCAAAGAUGGUGCUUGUGAACUCAAUGCAAAUGAAACUUUCACUUUUGCCCGAGAGCAGCCAGGGUGCUCUAACUUCAAUAGCACAUUGGAAAGCCCCAAGAGCUCACUGAAAGGUAGGAAUCCUGUGAAAUCUAGGUCGCUUAAAGUGAAUUUUAUGGAAAUGAAACAUGAUACUCCUCAGACACCAUCUAGUACAAUUAGACCAUUACCAGUAAUAGUAACAGAUUUAUUAUCUACACCUAAGCAUAUCAGUACCACUUUGCUUGAGGAUAAUUCUUCUCAGGACCAGAGGCUACUCUUGGGAACUGAUAUACCAGAUUUCCAUAAGACAUCCAGUAAAGAAUCACCACAACUACUGCCUAAGCAGAGACAUUUUGCAUUCCCAACACCAGGAACGGAGGGCUGUACCAAUACAGAGAGUGGUGUAGGUGAAGAGUUACUGGUGAAAGAAGAGGCACAUCAAACUAACCAGCAGGAGAACAGCUCCCUUGGGGAGCAUGAUAAGCACAGCAAGAAUGAAAACCAUAUCAAAAAUGUGUGUGUGGCAGAUGCUGUUUCUCCAAAGUACACCAGUCAAAACUGCACACACAUUGCAGCAGGAGAUGGCAGUAAAGACGAUAGCCACUCUGGAUAUAAAAUGGAAAAUCACAUGUUUACACCAGAAAUUCAUGUGACAUCAGGGGAAGGUGGUUAUUCUUCCUCAUGCGAAACCAGCAUGUGA